AUGGUCAUUGGCAAAAAACCAUCGAAUACUGAAGGAAAAAAAAUAUCUGCAAAAGAGGGAGCAAAAAAGAGGAAUGAUGUGAAAGGAAAAGAUUAUGGACCUAAAGUCUCUGAAGAGCUUUCAAAGCGCCGGGAAAAGCGAGAGAAACAAACGGAAAAGAAGAGAAAAGUAAGAGGAAGGAAAUACGAGAGAGAAACGAAUACACGAAAGAAGUUGGAUUUAAAAGAGAGACAAGCACGAGAGAGGAAGAGAAUGUUCGGAUCGUUUAGUAAAGAAACGGGAUGGAAAGUGAUCUUAUCCUUUGUAAUCUACGUGUUCCUGGUCUCGGCUGCAAUCUGUAUUCUUGUCAUCUUCAUUUACACCUGGCAAAAUGCUCCUCCUAAGGAGAUAACAGAAAAUAGACUUGCUGAUGAGACAAGAAAGUUGAUCCGAGAUGUUUACAAGUCCCUCAAGAUUAGAAUGGACGACCUCGAUGACGUUCUCGAAAAAGAAGUCAAAACUAUGGCUGGAUCGCUCAAAAAUCAUACUAAGGAAAUGGAGGCAAGCAUGGCAGUUAUUCAAGAAAAAACACUCAAAGGUCUUAACAGCACAAAGGAUGUAGUGAAAGAUCGAGCUAAGGAGCAAAAGAUCAGGUUGGAUAAACAAUUCAAACGUCACACAGAAACUAUCAAUCUUCGUGCUCAAGAACUUCACAAGAAAACUCUAAACAGACUGUCAACGCUGGAUAGUGACAUGUUGAAACGAUUCACUGAUCACGACGAACUAAUAUCAGGUAAUGUUUUACUUCAUUUUUUUUUCUCGAGGUUUUGA